AUGCUGCGUCAAUUGCAGCGCCGAGCUGCCCUGCUCAAGCAAUCGCCGUCGCCCUCGAGGCUGAUAUACCAACAACAACAAUGGCAAUCCUACAGCAUCCAGGCCGAAGCUGCGUCUGCGAACAAGCUGCAGGACAUCGACCCCUCCAAACUCUCUAUCACCAAGACCACAAGCCCGAAAGAACUGCUCCCGGCGAAUGAAUUGGUCUUUGGACGGACCUUCACUGACCAUAUGCUCUCGCUCGAAUGGACCGCCUCCUCCGGCUGGCUCGCCCCCCGCAUAACCCCCUACCAAAACCUCUCCCUCGAUCCGGCCUCCUGCGUCUUCCACUACGCCUUCGAGUGCUUCGAAGGCAUGAAAGCGUACAAGGACUCUUCCGGCAAGGUCCGCCUCUUCCGGCCCCAAAAGAACAUGGCCCGCAUGAACAAGUCCUCGGCGCGCAUCGCCCUCCCCACCUUCGACCAGUCUGCCAUGAUCAACCUAAUCUCGCAGUUCGCUCAGAUGGAGGAGAGGUUUAUUCCGAGUCAGAAGGGGUACUCGCUGUACCUGCGGCCGACAAUGAUCGGGACCCAGAGAACGCUGGGAGUUGGACCGCCAGGCAGCGCGCUAUUGUACGUCAUCGCAAGUCCGGUCGGUCCUUACUAUCCCACCGGCUUCAAAGCCAUCUCUCUGGAAGCAACCGACUAUGCGGUGCGCGCCUGGCCCGGCGGCGUAGGCGACAAGAAGCUCGGCGCCAACUACGCCCCGUGCAUCGUCCCGCAGAUAGAGGCCGCGAGCAGAGGCUUCCACCAGAACCUGUGGCUGUUCGGCGAUGAGGAGUACGUGACGGAGGUCGGCACCAUGAACAUGUUCGUGGCGAUCAAGAACGCCCAGACCGGCCAGAAUGAACUCAUCACCGCUCCGCUCGACGGCACAAUCCUGGAAGGCGUCACGCGGGACUCGGUCCUUUCGCUUGCGCGGGAGAAGCUGGCGCCUGAAGGCUGGAUCGUCACGGAGCGGAAGUAUACGAUGCGCGAGCUGGCGGACGCUGCAAGGGAGGGCCGCCUGAUCGAGGCGUUUGGGGCUGGCACGGCGGCUAUUGUGAGUCCCGUGAGGAAUAUCAGCUGGAAGGGGGACUUGGUGGAUUGUGGUUUGAGGCCCGAUGAGGAGGCUGGGGCGGUGGCGCUGAGGAUGAAGGAGUGGAUUGAGGCGAGGCAGUAUGGAGACGAGGAGCAUGAGUGGAGUUAUGUCGUAACGAAAUAG